AUGGAGCUGGAGAAUAUCGUGGCCAACACGGUGCUGCUGAAAGCACGGGAAGGAGGCGGCGGGAACAGAAAAGGAAAAAGCAAGAAGUGGAAGCAGCUGCUGCAGUUCCCCCACAUCAGCCUGUGUGAAGAGCUGCGACAGACCACAGAAAAGGACUACAGCAGCCUCUGCGAGCGGCAGCCCAUCGGACGCUUGCUGUUCCGACAGUUCUGCGAGACUCAACCCGAACUGAGGCGCUGCGUCAAGUUCCUGGACGCUGUGGCGGAGUACGAGGUGGCGCCAGACGAGAAGAGGAAGGAGUGCGGGCAGGAGCUCGUCAACAAAUACUUUGACCCAAAGGUGGAGGACUAUGUGCCCGAGGUGGAGCAGGCGAUGAUGGCUCAGUGUGCCGAGAGGCUGCAGCAGGAGGCCUGUAAAGAGCUCUUCAAAGACUGCACCAAAUUGAUCCACGGCUACCUGAGCGUGGCGCCCUUCGCUGACUACCUCGACAGCAUGUACUACAACAGGUUCCUCCAGUGGAAAUGGCUGGAGAGGCAACCGGUGACAAAAAACACCUUCCGACAGUACAGAGUUUUAGGUAAAGGAGGCUUCGGCGAGGUGUGUGCGUGUCAGGUGAGGGCCACGGGAAAGAUGUACGCCUGUAAAAAGCUGGAGAAGAAGAGGAUAAAGAAGAGGAAAGGAGAGUCCAUGGCGCUCAACGAGAAACAGAUCCUGGAGAAAGUCAACAGCAGAUUUGUAGUGAGCUUAGCGUACGCCUACGAGACCAAGGACGCUCUCUGCCUCGUGUUGACCCUCAUGAACGGAGGAGACCUCAAGUUUCACAUCUACCACAUGGGCGACGCGGGGUUCGACGAGAAGAGAGCCAUCUUCUACUCGGCGGAGAUCUGCUGCGGGCUGGAGGACCUGCACCGGGAGCGCAUCGUCUACAGAGACCUGAAACCGGAGAACAUCCUGCUGGACGACCACGGCCACAUCCGGAUAUCGGACCUUGGAUUAGCGGUUCACGUCCCAGAGGGACAGACCAUCAAGGGACGGGUGGGGACGGUGGGAUACAUGGCUCCGGAGGUGGUGAAGAACGAGCGCUACACCUUCAGCCCCGACUGGUGGGCGUUGGGCUGCCUGCUGUACGAGAUGAUCGAGGGCCAGUCCCCCUUCCAGCAGAGGAAGAAGAAGAUCAAGAGGGAGGAGGUGGAGCGGCUCGUGAGGGAGGUGGAGGAGGAAUAUUCCAGCAAGUUCUCCGAGGACGCCAAGUCCCUCUGUAGAAUGCUCCUGGCCAAAGAUCCCGCGGAGAGGACGGGCUGCCAGGGGGGCGGAGCGUCUGAGGUCAAAGCCCACACCAUCUUCUGCUCCAUCAACUUCAAACGCCUGGUGGCGGGAAUGCUGCAGGCGCCCUUCACCCCCGACCCGCAGGCCAUCUACUGCAAAGACGUGCUGGACAUCGAGCAGUUCUCCACCGUGAAAGGAGUGGAGCUGGAGCCCAAAGACGAGUCGUUCUACAGCAAAGUGUCCACGGGCUGCGUCUCCAUUCCCUGGCAGGACGAGAUGAUCGAGACUGAGUGUUUCACAGAGCUGAAUGUUUUCCACCAGGACGGCACCGUCCCCCCCGACCUGGACUGGAGGGGACAGCCGUCCCCGCCGCCCAAACAGGGACUCCUGCAGCGGCUUUUCGGCCGGCAGGACUGCUGUGGUAACUGCAGUGACAGUGAUGAGAGCCCCACAAGGUUGUGACCCCCCCCCCCCCCCACUCCCCCUCCCCCACACACACAUAGACGAUCCCAUUUGUUUACAACUUUUGCACAUUUGUAUUUUUAACAAACUAUCUCUAAGUGUCAGAAUGUAUAUUUUCAGCAUAGCCAUAACGUUUAAUGUUAUUUAAAAAGUUGUUAAAUAUCGGCCUUCGUCGCGUUCCGAGAGAGGACACAGGAAACCUUGUUAGACACAAAAAAAAAAAAAAGACACAAAACAUCGCCCAGGGAACGCUUUUCUUUCUCGUUCAUUCACCUACUUGACGCGUGUCUCCAUGUAACUGAUGCAGCUCCACUGGAACAAUCGCCUGCUGUAAAAGUGCCUUGCUGGAUGGCACUGUGACAGUGGUUACCAAGGGAGGGCCGAGCAUUCCUGGAUCUCUUUACAGUGACUUUCAGCUCGUGGAUUGUGACCACUUUUUUUCCUCUGGCCUUGAUUUCCGCUGCCCCCCCCCCCCCCCAACCCCCUUCUGAGCUCUUAUUUGGCUUCUAUUUAAUUCUUACAAAAGUGGGAUUUUUUAUUUUGCUUUGACAUUGUGGCUUCGAAACGUUGAUGCGAAACCAUGACGUUGUCUACAUCUGCUGAUAUUUUUAUAUAGUCUUUUUUUUUUCAAAUAUGAAUUUCUUAAGACCCGUGCGGCUCCAGUUACUCUUGUCCUUUCUGUAAAGAUUGUGUUAUUUUUUUAUGAAACUCGUGCUGUGACAAGUUGCUUUUCCAACAUGCUUGUGCCUUUUUUCAGUCAUUUAGUUUUUUUUAGCUAUUUAAAGUGAAUUUCUUUGCAGCAUUUUUCAUCCAUAACUACUCACACAACGCUGCAGGACCAUGAACUGCAAUAAGAUUCAGCAAAGAUAAUGUCAACCUUUGAAUUUUUAUUAUUUCGUAGGAUUUUCUUUUCAGAAACUCAGGUUUUCCAUAGAAUUGAUUCCUUUUGUUUGUUUUUUACCAUUUCAUCACCUGCUCUUCUUUUCUUUGGUGUGACUUCUGGGGCAUCGUUUCGUUUGCAGGAGAAAAAAAAGGUCCACAGUUUGAUCCGUCGGCUGUUAACGUGAUAAAAGUCACAUUGUAAAAGAAAGAAAGUGGAUUUUAAGCUGUUGGAAGGAAAUACCUCUGAAUGUGCAGACAGCUGUCAUGUUGUUCCUUAUACAUGGGGGGUUAUAUAAAUGUCAACAGGUCUCGACUCUAAAAUGGUCCAGUUUCAGCUACGUGCAUCGGUGAGGUUUAGUUAUGGCUCAUAAAUGAUGGCAAAAAAGCAUUUUAGAGAGUCGGUUCAACCACUUUCUUUCUCACUGAUUGUUUAUUUGCUCAGGUUUUGAAAUAUCAACGAGUGACGAUUGUGUGUGUAUUCAUCCUGCGGCCGACUUCUGUGUGAACUCGAGGUAAACAAAUAUCCCAGCAUGCAUUUUUAAUCAACCAAAAAGACCAAAUGAAACCACAACUGUGAAUGAGAAACGUCUGUUUUUGUUGUAAAUGUAAAUGAGCUCAUCCUUUAAUAAAGUCUGGCUGCAACUGGUAA